AUGGAAAACAAUCAAACUUCAAAACCAGAAGAAGAAAAUAAUUAUCAAAUUGUACUAGACGGACAAACAACAACAAAUAAUCAUUUAAAAAAAUUGAAAGAGGAUGAUUUUGAAGAGCAACAACUUUCUUCAAAAUUUGCUUCUUUAUAUUCUAAAUUACCCGAUCAACAACCUCUUUAUCAAAUUUAUUUAUUACAAGAACAACAAAGAAUUAAUGAUUCUUUGGAACCUAUCGAAGAAAUUUUAAAUAUUGGGAAGAAAAAAAUGUUGUUAAAAAGAAAAGAAGGAGAGGGUGAAAUUGAUGAAGAGGAUGGAGAAGGUGAAAAGAGGAGUGAAGAGGAGGAAGAAGAAAAGGAUGAAAUAGAUAGUGGUUGUCCAGAAUCGGAUGAACAACAACAACACCCUUCAGAUCCAACUAGUAUUAGUAGAAGUUGUUCUGCCAGUAAUUCCUCAGCAGUUAUUCGAAGACAUUCCUCUUCUACAACAGAUUCGGGAAGAGCUGAUUCACUUAUCAUUCGACCUUUAAAACGUGAACGUCUUCUAGGCCACAGUAUUUUCGCUUCACAACGCUCGUUAUGGUGUGAAUUGCCAGAAGUGAAAGAAUCGGGUAUUCUAGAACAACUGAACGAUGAUCAGAGAAAACUACAAGAAGCAUAUUUUGAGGUAAUUACAUCAGAAGCUUCCUAUUUGCGCUCUAUUUCUUUUCUGAUUUCACAUUUUAUGUCAGCACCAGAAUUAAUGGGAAGCAAGAAUACACAAUCUGUGAUAACGAGUUCUGAAAGGAAACAAUUAUUUAGCAAUAUUUUGGCAAUUCGUGAUUGUAGCGAACACUUACUCGUAGAAUUAGAAACUCGUUUAAAACAAGGAUUAGUAUUACCCGAUAUUUGCGAUAUUCUUUGUGCUCAUUUUGAAACACAAUUUGAACCUUAUAUUAAUUACUGCUCUAAUCAAGAAUAUCAAGACAGAACACUUAAAAAAUUAAGAACGGAAAAUGGAUUAUUCAAUUCUUGUAUUCAACGAUUGGAGAAGGACCGGGAAUGUCAUGGUUUGGAUAUUCGUUCAUUUUUGAUGUUGCCAAUGCAAAGAAUUACUCGUUACCCGUUGUUGAUUGAUGCUAUAUUGCAAUGGCUACAUCAAGACCAACAUCAACAUUCGGUAAGGAAAAUAAAAAGAAAGAAAAAUACAGAAAUCAGAACGAACCAGAAUUUAUAA